CCGGUCGCCUUUCCCUCUUUCGCGAUCACUCUAAUUGUUCGGUCGUCACUCUUCUCUCUUCCUUCCGCCUCUGCUUUGGAGAUUUUAUCCUCUCUCUCUCUCUCUCUCUUUCUGCGUUGGAUUCUCUCGUCGUUGCAGGAAUCUCUCUCACCGGGUCGUCUCCCACAGGUAGUCAGCUGAUAUGAAGACUACCAAGGGAAAGGCUACAGCUAGGAGCUCCAGAGAAGUUCUGAAGCCUGUUGAUGACAGAAAGGUUGGGAAGAGGAAGGCUGUUGCUAAGCCCGAAAGGAGUAGCAAACGUCAAACUAAGAAAGAGAGACAGGCCAAGAAGGAUCCUAACAAACCGAAGAGGCCGCCUAGCGCUUUCUUUGUUUUCCUGGAGGAGUUCAGGAAGACUUUUAAGAAAGAGCACCCCAAUGUGAAGGCUGUGUCAGCUGUUGGGAAGGCUGGAGGAGAGAGGUGGAAAUCCAUGUCCGAAGCGGAAAAAGCUCCAUAUGAAGCUAAGGCGGGGAAGAAGAAGGCUGAGUAUGAAAAGCUCAUGAGGGCUUACAACCAGAAGCAGGAGAGCAUGGAUGAUGCUGGGGAUGAGGAAUCAGACAGAUCCAGAUCCGAAGUGAACGAUGAAGAUGAGGAAGAGGAAGCGCAGGAUGAGGAGGAGGAAGAGGAAGACGACGACGACGACGAAGACGACUGAAGCAAAGUAGAUAGUUAUGGUUUGGACGAAGUGAUCGGUUAGUUCCAGGGCUGGAACCACCUACAGAACUGGAGGCAGUACUCUGGAGUUUGCACGUCUACUUUACACACGGUUGUAGUAGUUUACUUGUGUGCUUUUUUGUAAGAAAAAAACAUGGCCUUUUGUUGCUGGUGUAAUAUGUAUUACUAAUUUCGCUUCAGCGUGUAUCUAAUGUAAUGCGUAUGCGAUCUUCACCGUAUCUAAUGUAAUGUGUAUGCGAUCUUCACCGUACCAAGCUUCUGAUAUUCAGUUUGAGGUUCCAUA